UGAACAUUCGACUUUUAGAAUUGUUGUUUUCCAUGUCACGUGAAAAUAAUAAUACGAAGCACCAAGUAGGUAUUGCUGUAAUAGGUGCUGGUCGUAUUGGUUUGGUACACUGUGAAGCGUUGACUAGAGUACCGGGCGUCCAACUGGUAGCGGUAGCAGAUUUUAUUUAUGAAGCUGCCACCACAGCAGCCGAAAAGUUCCACAUCCCUUUGGUAUUUCAAGACUGGAAAGAAGUUCUCAAGUUACCUCAAGUUCACGGUAUCGUCGUUUGUUCUCCUUCAGAUACUCACGCAGAUAUUAUUGUUGCCGCUUCCCGUGCCGGAAAGCACAUAUUUUGUGAAAAACCUAUCGAUUACGACUUGAAAAGAAUCGACCUAGCUUUGACUGCCGUUGAAAGAGCAGGGAUUUUGUUUCAACUAGGAUUCCAGCGACGUUUUGAUGCCAACUUUCGUAGAGUACGGGAAGCUGUAAAGUCUGGCGAAGUUGGAACACCUUACAUGUUACACAUCGUCUCAAGAGACCCAGCUCCCCCUCCUAUUAGCUAUAUUAAGCAAUCAGGCGGCUUAUUUUUUGAUAUGAUGACACAUGACUUUGAUAUGGCACGUUUCUGUAUGGGAUCAGAGAUAGUGGAAGUAACCUCUUUGGGAGCAAACUUGGUGGAUCCUGCCAUCGGUGAAGCUGGAGAUAUCGAUUGUGCUGUUGUAAGUGUAAAAUUUGCAAACGAUUGUAUCGGCACAAUAGAAUGUUGUAGAAAGGCUGCAUAUGGUUAUGAUCAGAGAAUCGAAAUUCUGGGUUCCAAUGGCUCAGUCAACAUUGGCAACAAUUUUCCCAAUACAGCAAUCAUAAGUAACUCUCAGACCAUUCAUAGGGACCUUCCGUUGAAUUUUUUUAUGGACCGAUAUAAAGAAGCAUAUGCACGAGAAAUGGAAACUUUUGUGGAUAUCAUUCAGAACCACAAAACUCCUCCUGUAAGUGGAUUAGAUGGUAGAAUUCCAGUAGUUUUGGCUUAUGCAGCUUUGCAAUCGAUGAAAGAAAAGAGAACAGUUAGAGUAGAUGAAAUAGACUCCACUGCGAGUGUUCUUGCGCAUCCAAAAAUGUAAAAGUCUUCAAGUAACAUCAUUGCAA